AAGGAAAUAUAACCAAGUAAUAUUCAUCCUCUAAUCCCCAAAACACAAGCAUAGAGGGAAGUGUAAUGAUGUAUGUAACAAGGCCUCUGUCCUUGUACCGGAACUCUCCCACCGCUCUUGAAGAAGAGCCACCGGCGGGUCCAUAUUCAGGUUAUUUAGUGAUCACCGAUGAAGAAGCAGAAGCACAGGACACUUUCUGUUUUGGGGCAUGUAAGAGGAAGGCUGUUGAAAGGCGGCCAUUUCCUCAAGACAGAAUACUAAAUAUCGUUCAUUUUUCAGAGAUAGAAGGGACCAUGGUCACAAAGGUCUGGUUCAUACCAGUUCUUGAUCAGCCUCUGUCUUCCAAUCGCUACUAUGUCAUUCGAGCAAAGGGCAGAUACAAAGGGAAAGCAUGUGCUAGUUCAAGGGAGACGGACAUGGGGCUAUGUUGCUUCGAAAACGUCAUAAAGGACAAAAAACCAAAACCUUUCGAUCAUAGGAACAUAUACCAACAAUUCAAGGUCCACCGCCAUCUCAGACACAGUUUCUUCGCCAGCUCCCUUGCUAUAGACGGGAUUCCUCCAAAGUUCCUGAGGAAAAAAGGGUGGGAGCUUCGCAUCUCAAGGAUGUACCAGUUUCGACUUAGCGACGCAGUAGGCCUAGACGCAUCUCUCCGAGCUCGCCUCCCAGAUUUCAACUUCCCCAUCUAUAACCGGCGCUCCGCAUCUGUCCUGGUCGGUCAAUGGUACUGUCCCUGCAUAUUUGUCAGGGAGGAACCCCGGCUCCGUCACCAAAUGAGGAAAUCGAUUUUUUAUAAGAUGACUCUGGAGCAAUGGUGGCAGCAAAUUUAUUCAUGCGAGAAUGUUGAAGAUGAAGAUCAGAGCAUCAUAAACAUAAGCACAGACGUUCAGAGAGAAGUUAACUUAAUCUCGGGCAUGCAUGCUUUGAAGGAUGACAAGGUCAGCAAAGAAGGGUUCUGGUGGUUCAGAGCUCGGGACCAGAACAGCGGUGGGCGCAAAAUGGUGAGUGUGGGUCUGAGUGUGGCCAUUGUAGAGAAAAUGAGAUGGAUACAAGAGGAAGGAGGUUGGGUCCGCGGAGGAGAGAGGGAAGUGAAGGUUCAAAGAAGAGAAGAAAUAAGAAGUGAGAAUAGGUGGAGAAAAUUUGCUUGUUAUAUUUUGGUGGAGAGUUUCUUUCUGAGGAGAAUGAAUGGGACUUUGGCACUGAGGUGUGAUUUUAGACAUACACAUAAAGUCAAAUUUAAAUGGGAAUAGCAUGUUCCAACUCGAAGUUAGAAUAACAAGUUUGAAUCUUGAAACCGAUAAGUAGGAGACUGGAGAAGGGGAAUAUCACCCAGAACCCAGUUGUAUGGUUUGGUUUCCGUGUUGAAAUGUACAAAGAAGAUGAAAAGUUUCAAACUAAUGUCUCUUUUUUUUUACUUCCCUGGCAUGGAGUGUAAUAUCCUAUUGAACAGAUUAUAGGACUA